GUUGGCUUAAGGAAGAACGAGUAUAACCACAGUCAUCAUACUUUUUGUCUUCCAAGGGGAACUUUAGGUUUUAUUUUCAAGCCGGCUACGGCAAAGAUCGUGUGGCUGUGCUGAGCUUCCUUUCUGCUUCUCCUCUGGUCUCCGGCAGAUCGCGUUUCUGUUUCUGAUGCGUGAUUGGAAAGAUAAACGCUCUCGUAGCUCACACAGCUUGUUACUCUGCAAGGUAGCCAGUAACAUGCUGGGAGGUCAGAUAGCCCACUGUCUCUACUAGUCCUAGUCCAACUACAAAGCCCACGUGUCUCCUUCUCCGCUGGUGGAUCUUUAUGUCGGGUUAUUCUGAGAGGGGAUCCAGAGCGACUGACGGGAGGAGGAGAGUCUGAUGGAGGAGCAGCUCAGCCACUGCAGUGAGAAACAUCGGUUCUUCAUAAAAGGCAAAAGAAGGAAAAGCAUGCUGAACACUCUGCACACUGAUGACCUAAAAAUAACCCACCCAACGCCAACAAGUACAGAUAAACCAGUUGUGAUCCCUGUGGAAAAGACUUUUACCACUAUGAAGCAAGCCAGAAGACACCAGCGCACCGAUAGUGGGGACAGAAGCUUUAGAUGUGAUUGUUGUGGAAAGUCUUUUUCUCAGCAUCACAGUUUAAAAAAACAUCAGCUCAUCCACACUGGAUUUAAACCAUUCAGCUGCGAUCAGUGUGGAAAGGCUUUUACUCACAAAAGGAACUUUAAAGAACAUCAGUUUAUCCAUGCUGGAGUUAAACCAUUCAGCUGUGAUCAGUGUGGAAAGUCUUUUACUCGCAAAAGUCACUUAAAAGGACAUCAACUCAUCCAUGCUGGAGUAAAACCUUUCAGCUGUGAUCAGUGUGGAAACUCUUUUACUCACAAAAGUCACUUAAAAGAACAUCAGCUCAUCCAUGCUGGAGUAAAACCUUUUAGGUGUGAUCAGUGUGGAAACUGUUUUACUCACAAAAGUCACUUGAAACAACAUCAGGUCAUCCAUGCUGGAAUUAAACCAUUCAGCUGCAAUCAGUGUGGAAAGGCUUUUACUCGCAACAGUCACUUAAAACAACAUCUGCUCAUCCAUGCUGGAGUUAAAGCAUUCAGCUGUGAUCAGUGUGGAAAGUCUUUUACUCAUAGAAGUCACUUAAAAGAUCAUCAGCUAAUCCAUGCUGGAGUUAAACCAUUCAGCUGUGAUCAGUGUGGAAAGUCUUUUACUCAUAUUAGUAAUUUAAGAAAACAUCAACUCAUCCACACUGGAGUUAAAUCAUUUGUCUGUGGCCAGUGUGGAAAGUCUUUUACUCAUAUUAGUAAUUUAAGAAAACAUCAACUCAUCCACACUGGAGUCAAAUAAUUUUUUUGUGAUCACUGUGGAGGGUUUUACUUAUAUAGACACAUUUAAAAAGCACCAGAUCAUUCACACUGGAAUUAAACCAUUUGUGGUCAGUGUGGAAAGUCUUUCGCUAGUUUAAUCAUCUAAAAAAAUAAAGAUAUCAACCAUCUUAAAAUUAAAACACUGAAACCUGAGUGGGUGGAAAGUCUUAUAUCCAUAAUGCAAACUUGUUCAACUGACAAAGUGUCCCUCUGUAACAAAACUGGCAGACCAUCGUGACAGUACUCUGACAGAGUUCUUUUGGACACAGUGAGAAACACAGCUGAUCUGAACAAAUCUUCUGUAUGCCUGGUCAAACUUAAAAAAUUGAUCAGGCUUGACAGAAUUCAGCUUUAAUCUCCUGUUCAAUGCUACUGCGAGAAAAUCCGUUAUAUCAGUUAAGACCUUCUACAUGCUCUCUGGUGAAAGCGAGUGUGGAUAAACUUUGACAGCAUUGAGCAAGCUAAGUAUUAGAAAGACUUAGGACCAGGUAAAAUGAGCAAGUAAAUGGAAAGAGAUUUACAGAUGUGAUGUUUGCUUUGAGGGUUUGAUGGAGACUGUCAGAUCUUCACUAUGUCUUUGUGGAUCUGGUGGUGCAGGAAUUGAAGACAGAAUGGUGAAAUGUGUGGUAGCAGUAACAGAUUGAUUGGAGGUGGGGAUGGGAUUACAUCAAUUCUGAGCCCCUUCUUGCUUCCAAUUGUGAUGGACAGGCUGACAUGCAAGACAAGUUAACAGUCUCUUUGGAUUAUCAUGUUUGCAAAUGACAUUGUUAUCAAUAACCCACUGAUCAAAGACCACUGAUCAAGGUUUUGGUCAGUGGUUGUUGAUCAAUGGUCUUGAGAAUUUGCAUAAUUAAGAUUAAGGAACUGACCUCCCAGCCCAUUGUUCCUUCAAUGGGCUGGUUGCAGUCAUUAUGCAAAUGUACUGUUUACAAGGUUUGGGAAAAACUGCAGUUAGCUGAGACUGAAGAAGUCACUUGGAUGAGUGACGAAACGUUUCUCCCACAAAACGCUACGUCCAGAUGAACAGAUUCAACUUUCGGAGAUUUACUUUCCUGGAUGAUUGAGAAUGCAUCAAGAAAAAAUAUAUAAUUGUAUUAUGUAAUUGUAACAAUAUAGCUUAAUAAUGAUUACAGGACAUCAGACUACUUGUUCAUAUUGCUUAAUAAUGUAAAAUUAUCAUAUAGAAAUAAAAAAAACUUGAAAUUGUGCGCUAUUUGAGUAUGUUGCCUGCCUGCAGCACUAAAGGACUCUGCGAGAGACGCCUAGCAGCACCUGUCCCACUCCUCCUGUUCAGUUCGCCUCAACAUAAGCUCAUCAUAUUCUGUGAUAUGAUUGACUCUAAGGUGUUUGACGAGGUUAGAGGUGUUGCCACAACACCUCACUCUCUUGCCACAUGUAUCGCAAACCACGUCUUGGCUGUUCGUGGAAAUAUAAUGUCCACACAUGACUCUGUUUACGCUCAGCCAUUGUUGUGAGUGCGCAUGCCAGGGGCUGCGACACAUUUAUACAGCCGUAUUUCGCAUAUGACUGUGAAAGGUGUAAUAUUCCAAUUUAGAUCCGAAUGAUACCCAAAGUACUAAAAUAUCGAUAUUUUAAUAUGAGAAUCGAUUCUAGAACAUAAAUUACUGGUAUCGGAAGAAUAGAUAUUUCAAUAUUGAUACGCACACCGCUAGAAAUAACAUGCCUAUCUUAAGCUGGCAGCCAGCAUGCAGAAAGACUUUCUCUGAAUUGUUGACAUUAACGUCUUACAUGUUCUGAUUUUUAAUCAAACUGUUCAAUAAAAA